CUAAAAUAUGUCUGUCAGUUCGCAUUGAUUUUCUUUGUCAAAUUUUCAUUUCAUUCAUUCCACGAUAGUCAAAUAAUUGUUAAGAAUUCGUUAAAAUAAUAACCAUGCCUUUUAUUAAUAAUUAAAUACUUCAUCAUCAAAAGUCACCCCGUGGUUUACCCUUUUGUCCCCUCUUCUUUCUGGUCGUCAUCGUUGUCGUUUGCAUAACAAUUUGUAAGGGUGAAUAUUAAAAAUUAAUGUACAAAAUCAUCCAUAACAUAAAAAAAAGGAUCAGUUUCAUACGAGGUUAAGUACAGAGACUUAAAUAAAAAUGGAAGAGUACACAAGAGAACCAUGUCCAUGGCGAAUAGUAGAUGAUUGUGGAGGUGCUUUUACUAUGGGUUUGAUAGGAGGAGGCGUCUUUCAAUGUAUAAAAGGGUUUCGUAACGCACCUUCAGGCAUUAACAAACGACUUAUUGGUAGUUUAACAGCUAUAAAACAAAGAUCACCUAUUAUCGCUGGCAAUUUUGCUGUUUGGGGAGGAAUGUUUUCCACUAUCGACUGUGCACUGAUUCACAUAAGGAAAAAGGAAGACCCUUGGAAUUCUAUAAUCAGCGGAGCUGCAACUGGUGGUAUCUUAGCGGCGAGAAAUGGUUUGCCAGCUAUGGCUGGGAGUGCAUUUAUUGGCGGUGUUUUACUCGCCCUGAUCGAAGGCGUCGGGAUAUUAUUCACAAGGCUCUCUGCGGAACAAUUCCAACCACAAUUACCGCCCAUGGAAGAUCCCUCGCAACUCUCCGAACAACAACCGCCUGGCGGGUAUUCGUUUCAAUAGUAUUUCUAUGUAAUAGGUGUAAUUGUAAAUUUAUUACGUUAAUAUAAUCUGUGACAUAGACUGAUUCUCAAAUUGUUGGUAGACGAUUGCUUAAGUGAGUUAUUUUUUUAUUUAUUUCCAAGUACUUAGGCAAGGUGGUUCCGCCGGAUGUACAAAUGUCAUUAUAUGCGAGUCUAGAAUGUAUAUAGAAGUUGCAGAGCACAACCCGCAAUAUAAAAUUUAUGUUA